AUGACAAUAAGACAAAUAUCAAUCAAACACAACACACAAGAUAAUUAUAUCUUCACACUUUUCUUUUGUAUUAAUUCCAUUCACAACAUUUUUCAACCCUUGCUUCUAUUCCUCAAUCCUUAAAAAAAAAAAACAAGAACAAUCUUGAUUCAACAGCAUCAUGGCUAAAUUUAAUUGUUCUUUUUUCUUAUUUAUCACACUAUUACUACAACUAAACAAUCUAUGCAGUUCUUUACUAGAACAAGUACCAACUCCGCCAUUACCAAUUCUCCCUCUCCCAACAUACUCACAGCUAAAAUGGCAACAGAGAGAAAUCAUAAUGUUCCUUCAUUUUGGCGUCAACACAUUCAGUGACAGAGAACAUGGUACAGGCCAUGAAAAUCCAUCAAUAUUCAAUCCAAUCGGGCUCAACACAACCCAAUGGGCCAGUGUGGCAGAAGAAGCAGGAAUGUCAUUGAUGAUAUUAACUGCAAAACAUCAUGAUGGAUUUUGUCUAUGGCCUUCUAAGUACACCAAACAUUCUGUCAUUAGUAGCACUUGGCAAAAUGGUAAAGGUGAUGUUGUUCAAGAGUUUGUGAAUGCAGCUACUCAUAAAGGAAUUGAUGUUGGGUUCUAUCUUUCACCUUGGGAUAGACAUGAUUCUAGAUAUGGUCAUGAUUUGCUUUACAAUGAAUAUUAUUUAGCUCAAUUGCAAGAACUUCUUAAAAAAUAUCCAAAUGUAAGGGAAAUUUGGUUUGAUGGAUUCAAAGAUCCAGAGGCACAAAAUGUGUCGUAUUAUUUUUCAGAUUGGUUUUCUAUGGUGAAGGAGUUGCAAAGUUCUAUCAAUAUUUUCUCAGAUGCUGGAUCUGAUGUUAGAUGGGUAGGAAAUGAGAAAGGGAUUGCGGGGGACACGUGUUGGUCGACCAUUAAUCGAAGUUCUCUUACAAUUGGAAGUCCAGACAUAAAGCAGUAUCUGAAUACUGGUGAUCCAAGAGGGACAGAUUGGCUACCAGCAGAAUGCGACGUUUCAAUUCGUCGAGGAUGGUUUUGGCAUAAAUCAGAAUCACCAAAAAAACUAAGUGAGCUACUUGACAUUUAUUACACAUCAGUUGGGAGAAAUUGCGUGUUGAUUCUUAAUAUACCGCCUAACACAACUGGUCUUAUAUCUGAAAAUGAUGCUCAUAGAUUAAAAGAAUUUAGAACUGCAAUUAAUACAAUUUUUCAUAACAACAUAGCUGAAGGUUGUUAUGUUAAAGUUAGUAGCCAAAGAGGAGGAAAAGAAGGAGGGUUUGGACCAGAGAACAUGUUGGACAGCGAUCAUUUGGGGUCAUACUGGGCCCCGCGGGAAGAUGAUAAGGAAAAGGAGGAUCAUUGGGUUGAAAUUUGGGGCAAUGAUGGAGAUUUAAGAUUUAAUGUGAUUAGAAUACAAGAAGCAAUUGGUUUUGGUCAAAGGAUCAAAAGCUAUGAAAUUUAUGUGGAUGGUAGAUUAAUAAUUCAAGGGACAACAGUUGGUUACAAGAGGCUUCAUAGGCUUGAUGGAGAUGUUGUGAAGGCUCGAGUUGUGAGGAUUAGAUUCAUAGAGGCUGGAGGAGUUCCUCUUAUUUCUUCUAUUGGUUUGUAUUUUGAUCCUUUUUGGUAUUCAGGGUUUAAUGCGACAUGAAGAAGCUAAGCAUAUAGAAAAAAUUUCAUGUACGCCCAUUUUCAUGAUAAAACUCAAAAUAAUGUCUUUAAGGCACUAUGAAUCUGUUUCAUUUAAGGCACUAUGAAUCUGUUUCAUUCAAUUCUAGAAACCUUGACAAAAUGUCUACUUUCAAUCCAGGAGAGUUAUCUUGUGGAUUUUGAGAUUGCUGAAUCUUGCUUCUGAUUAAUUUAUAGUCAUGUAUCCAUUGAUCA